UGCGGCCUGAGCUAAAUUCGUGUUUUAAGUAUUGACGAGACUGCCAUAUCGCGUCUUUUCGAAUUCCAACUCCACUCCCUCCCCCCGAAUGCCCAACGGCCCUAGUACAUAUACAAAAAGAAGGCGCCGCGCCGCGGCCUAUGUUCGUGGUUGCUUUCCCGAAUCUUCACCACAAGGUUUCUUUCUGUUUUUUUAUUUUUAAUGGUUCAUCUCCGGGAAGUACUUUAUGCUGAACCAUAAUCAUCCAUUAUGGACGAAACCUUAAUGGAAAUCCCUGUUGGAGAUAGCGUCAAGAUCAGUAGAAAGUGGAAAAGCAAACAAAGAUUAAAAGAGCAGGCAGUUGAAAAGAAUGGAACAGAAGCCAGGGAUCAGAUAGAUAACAGUUUGGAAGCUUCAGACAAGACAAGUGACUAUGGAAUGGCAAAUAAUCAGUCACAAAUGGAUCUUCUCGAGACAGAUUUAACUUUGCAACCACUGGAUGCAGGUUCAGCACAAAAUCUUUCUGAAUGGAAGGCAAUGAGGAAUAAGAAGAAGAGGCUGAGAAAGAAGAUGAAGAAGGCAGCAAUUAAAGCUGAAGUCCUAAUCAUGGAGCAGACGGAUGCACAGUCAACAGAAGAUCUCAAGCAAGGAAAUGCCACUGGCAAUGUGGAUGAAGCCCAACGCAUAAACCAGAGUAAACUGGAUACCGGGUCAACAGAACAUCUUGUUGAAGAAAAUGUGACUACCAGAAGAAAAAGGAAGAGGAAAAGUGUCAAGCAGGCAAAAAGACAAGAUGAAGUCCAAACUGUGGAUCAGGCUAAAACCAAUCUUCUUGAUACAGAUUUAACUCUGCAACCACUGGGUGAAAAUAUGAAAAUGGAAGCAGAUUCAACACAAAAUCUUCCUGAGGGAAAUGCGACCAGCAAUGUGGAUAAAAUCCAGAGCAUAAACCAGAGUAAACUGGAUACAGUGUCAACAGAACAUCUUGUUGGAGGAAAUGUGACUGCCAAAAGAAAAAAGAAGAGGAUAAGUUCUAAGGCAAAAAGUCAAGAUGAAGUCCAAAGUGUGGACCAGGCUAAAAUGAAUCUUCUUGAGACAGAUUUAAAUGUUCAACCACUGGGUGAAAACCCGAAGAUGGAUGCUGGUUCAUUGCAAAAUCUUUCUGAGGGGAAUGCGACUGGCGAUGUGGAUGAAGUCCAAAGCAUAAGCCAAAGUAAACUGGAUACAGGUUCAACAGAACAUCCUGCUGUAGGAAAUGUGAUUGCCAAAAGAAAAAAGAAGAGGAAAAGUGCUAAGGCAAAAAGUCAAGAUGAAGUCCAAAGUGUGGACCAGACUAAAAUGAAUCUUCUUGAGACAGAUUUAAAUGUUCAACCACUAGAUGAAAACCCAAAGAUGGAUGCUGGUUCAUUGCAAAAUCUUUCUGAGGGGAAUGUGACUGGCAAUGUGGAUGAAGUCCAAAGCAUAAGCCAAAGUAAACUGGAUACAGGUUCAACAGAACAUCCUGCUGUAGGAAAUGUGAUUGCCAAAAGAAAAAAGAAGAGGAAAAGUGCUAAGGCAAAAAGUCAAGAUGAAGUCCAAAGUGUGGACCAGACUAAACUGAAUCUUCUUGAGACAGAUCGAACUGUGCAACCACUGGGUGAAAACCUAAAGAUGAAAGCAGGUUCAAUGCAAAAUCUUUCUGAGGGAAAUGCGACCAGCAAUGUGGAUGAAGUCCAAAGCAUAAACCAGAGUAAACUGGAUACAGGGUCAACACAACAUCUAGUUGAAGGAAAUGUGACUGCCAAAAGAAAAAAGAAGAGGAAAAGUGUCAAGAAGGCAAAAAGUCAAGAUGAAGUCCAAAGUAUGGACCAGACUAAGAUGAAUCUUCUUGAGACAGAUUUAACUGUUCAACCACUGGGUGAAAACCCGAAGAUGGAUGCUGGUUCAUUGCAAAAUCUUUCUGUGGGGAAUGCGAUCUGCAAUGUGGAUGAAGUCCAAAGCAUAAACCAAAGUAAACUGGAUACAGGUUCAACAGAACAUCCUGCUGUAAGGAAAUGUGACUGCCAAAAGGAAAAAGAAGAGGAAAAGUGUCAAGAAGGCAAAAAGUCAAGAUGAAGUCCAAAACGUGGACCACACUGA